AUGCGCAGCGGGCGGGCGGGCGGCCCCGCCGGGCGAUCAGCGGGGCGGGCUGUGCGCAGGGAUGGGAGGGGCGGGCGGGGCAGCGCGGCCACAGCACGCCCGGCCCGCCUUGCCUUGCCUUGCCUUGCCUUGCCUUGCCUUGCCGCUGCCCGGGCGGAGGCGGCGGCGGUGCGCGGCUCUUGCGGGCAGCGCCCGCGGGAGAUGCGGCUGCGGCUCGGGCAGGUGCUGCCGGCGCUGUGCCUCGGCGCCGCCUUCCCCCUGCUGUGGUUCGCGGUGUGGCAGGGAAGCCGAGGAAAUGACUUGGAUACGUACCAACACCACUUGCUGGAACUUCAGCAAAGACUGUUGUAUGCUGACAAGGAAAAUAAAAAAAGAUCACAUGAACUGAGCAGUGCCCUAGAUGAAAUUAAACAUAUAGUCGCCAGGACAAUGAACAUGACAAAAAAUCACACAGUAAGUGAUUUAAAGUGGAAAGAGUUAAACCUCCCCAGAAAACUCCCCAUGACUCUUACAAAUAUUUACUACUAUCUCCCUCACCUUCGAGAAUAUGAAGAUGCAAUUUUCCCAAAUGUUAUUUUUGGACAACAGAGAACUGGAGUCUCCCUUGUGAUGGGUAUUCCUACGGUGAAAAGGGAAAAACAAAAUUACCUGAUUGAUACAUUGCAUUCCCUACUGUACCAACUAUCUGAAGAGCAAAAGAAGGACUGCAUAAUAAUCAUCUUUAUAGCAGAGGUGGAUACAGAGUAUGUUAAGAGUGUUGCAGAAAGUGUUAAAACCAGCUUCCCCAGAGAAGUCCAGUCUGGAGUUCUAGAGGUUAUUUCUCCUCCUGCUUCCUAUUACCCAGAUCUUUCCAACCUGAAGAAAACACUUGGAGAUUCUGAGGACAGAGUAAGGUGGAGAACUAAACAGAAUUUGGAUUAUAGCUUUUUAAUGCUAUAUGCUCAACCUAAGGGAACAUUUUAUUUACAGCUGGAAGAUGAUAUUAUAGCCAAACCUGAUUUUAUUGAAAGUAUAAAAAGCUUUGUUGCUCAACAGUCCCAAGAUUGGAUGGUUCUUGAGUUUUCACAACUUGGAUUUAUUGGAAAAUUGUUUAAAUCAGAAGACUUACCACUCAUAGUGGAAUUUUUUCUCAUGUUCUGUAAGGAUAAGCCUAUAGAUUGGCUUAUAGACCACCUGCUCUGGGUUAAAGUGUGCAAUCCAGAAAAGGAUGCAACACACUGUGAAAAGGAAAAGUCAAAGUUACGUAUCCGUGCUAAACCAUCUCUCUUUCAGCAUAUGGGAAUUUAUUCAUCAUUGGCUGGGAAGAUACAGAAUUUGAAAGAUAAAGAUUUUGGAAAAAAACUGCUACAUAAAGCACAUAAUAAUCCACCUGCAAAAGUGGACACAAGCCUAAGAAUAUACCAGCAAUAUACCUUGGAAAAAGUUUAUAAAGGACAAGAUUGUUUUUGGGCUUUAGCUCCAGUGGCAGGUGACUACAUCAGGUUCACAUUUUUAAAUCCACUAAAAGUUGAAAAGUACUUAUUCAGAAGUGGAAACAUGGAGCACCCUGGUGAUCAACUGUUUAACACUACUGUGGAAGUGUUGCCAGCUGACGUAAAAUUGGUUGAUAAUGGAAGUAAAUUUAACUACCCAGCAACCAAAGAUGGAUAUUUAAAAAUAGGGGCUUUUGAAAAUGGCAGUGCAGAAGGCAGCAUCAAUCAGUCAAUAGGAAGAAUAAAGGCUAUUCGUUUAUCAGUCAUUUCUGAUUCUCCGGUCUGGGCAAUACUGAGUGAGCGGCAGGGUGAGCGUCUAGCUGUAAGUAAGGGUUUCAUUAACUCGAGGUUACGGGUUGGAAAACUCUUUAUCCUGGCCGCUCCCUGGCUGGAGGCAGGCGGGGAUGGGCGGCGGGCGGCGCCCGCGGCCAUAACAACAAACCCCCCUCAGCGGCGCCAAGGCGGAGGGGCGGGGCCGGCCGAUGGCGGCGGGCGAUUGGCUGAGGCGCCCCGCGUAGGGCGGGCCGGCAGCCGCGAUCCAGCCGCGCAUUGGUCCGGCCUCAAUCCGGGCGCUUCCGAUUGGCGGAGCUUGCUGCCCGUCUCCCGCUUCCCCGCACGCUCCGCUCGCCCGUGCCGUGCGUGCCGUGAUUGGCCGGCGCGGCGCGGCGCGAGCCGCGGCACCUGCUCCCGCACUCCCGAGAGCGGCGGGGGCGCCGCGCGCGUGCGCGGCCGGGGAUGCGCCGGGGCGAGCGGCCGGGCCCGGCUCCGCCCGCCGCGGGCCCGACAGCGCCGCCGGUAA